AUUCCGAGUACCUUCUGGAGCCCAGUACAGCUGGUUGUCAAUGGGAAGAGUGAAGAAUGCCCCCUUCCCUCUCCCUCCCAAAAACUGUACUUCCCCAACACCACGGGGCUGCGUUAUGAAGCAGAACAUGUCCGGCAAUGUCUCCUCCAAGGCUUGAAGGAGAGCCCCGUCAUGUCUCACGCAGACAGUGAGCUGGUCCACUCCAUCCUGGACGAAGUCCGUAGGCAGCUGGGGGUGUCAUAUCCACAGGACCGACCCUAACUCAUCUUUUGCAUGUUUUUC